UGUAUUGUACUGAAAUCCCUCCUUGUCCAUUGUACUAGCACUUGGCGACACCUGAAGCUUUUGCCAGGAAUCCUUCUCGUGUAUGGGAAUUUUAUCACUACCGUCGAGAAGUGAUGCUAACAAAAAACCCAAACCCAGCACACUUGGCCAUCGCAGAAUGUGAAUCCCGGCUCAGCAAACAGGGGAGGAAAGUGGUGGUGAUAACACAGAAUAUCGAUGAGCUGCAUCGCAAGGCGGGAACACGCAAUCUGUUUGAAAUUCAUGGUAGCUUGUUUAAGACCCGAUGUACCACUUGCGGCAGUGUAAAAGAAAACUACAAGAGUCCGGUGUGCCCUGCUCUUGAAGGAAAGGGAGCCCCUGAUCCUGAGGUACAAGAUGCUGCUAUUCCAGUAGGGGAUCUACCACGGUGUGAAGAAAAUGGCUGCAAUGGCCUCUUACGGCCUAAUGUGGUAUGGUUUGGAGAGACCUUGGACUCCAAUCUUCUAGGAGAGGUGGAAAAAGAGUUGGAAAUAUGCGACUUGUGCUUGGUGGUUGGAACUUCUUCCGUUGUCUAUCCUGCUGCCAUGUUUGCACCACAAGUGGCAGCACGAGGGGUACCUGUAGCGGAGUUUAAUAUGGAAAGCACCCCAGCAACUAUGGGCUUCACGUUUCACUUCCAGGGACCCUGUGGAACAACUUUGCCUCCAGCACUUGCUCGCCAUGAAACAGAGCUCAUCUCUUGAAUAUGAGUUACACAGCAGAGCGACCGUGUCAUUUGGUGUGUGAAGACAUGAGAAGAAACGUAUUUCCCGGAUAUCGUCCAGCACUCUGGACAACAUUAUACACCAAAAACGUAUCUCGUGAUUGAGCGUGCUAAUACUGUCCUAAAAACAUUCAUGAGUAAUCCAGCGCGGGCUUUCUAUAUAGCACUGAUUGGAUGGAAGUGUUACAUGCUGGAUCUUUGUUAAUAUUGUAUGUUACAAUGAUAUGCCUUUUUGUCUCUGCUGUAUUUAAAUUUGUUGUCCGGCCACUUAAAAUUUAAAGGGGUUCUGCAGCUUUUUCUUACUGAUGAUCUAGCCUCUGGAUAGGUCAUCAGUAUCUGAUCGGCGGGGGUCCGACACCCGGGACCCCCGAC